GUAUAUAAAAGAACGGAAGGAUGGAGCAUCCAGUGAAUCCGUUUCAAGUAUCGCGAGGGAAUUCCCAAAUAUUAAGCACACGACGAGUUCCAAGAAAAUUUGUUCGUCCGUGAUAUAAAGCGCAGAUAGUGGAAAAAUGGCCCGUUUGUCCAACAUUUUUAUUGUUGUGUGUGUAUUGCCGGUAAUCCUAAUUUACGGACAAACCCAAUUGCCAGGGGGUGGUGUAGCGAUAUCGAAAACUUGUUUCGGUUGCAUAUGCGAAGCUGCUUCUGGAUGCAAUGUCACAGUGGGUUGCGAUGAAUCUGUUUGCGGACCAUUUCGUAUAACGUGGAGCUACUGGGCCGAUAGCGGAAAGCCAACACUCCAGGGUUCGAAUCAGGACAAUGACGCGUAUUCACGAUGCGUGAACGAUCCAUACUGCGCGGCUCGUUCUGUACAAGGCUACAUGGAUAAGUUUGCCCAAGAUUGUAACGGAGACGGUGUCAUCAAUUGCGACGACUUCCUUCGCAUUCAUCGACUCGGUGGAUACGGAUGUAGCGGUCCUCUAAACUCAAACUACGAAAGUACUUACAAGUUAUGCAUGAAAACAUUCGAAAAUGUUUAAUUAACAAACAACGAAAUAUAAACGUUGACGUAUCAAAGCAUAUUACAUGUAUUCUUAUUAUUACGAAAUUGCAUAAUAUUUGAAUAAACCGUAAAAUAUUCUUCAA